GCGGGUAAACGUUGUAUAAGACGUGGGGGACUAGCAGACUCCGCACAAUCACCAUUCCCCUCCUUAUUCCAACUCUAGUAUGCCAUUCUGUCCAUUAUGCCCACCUGAUACCCAGGUGAAUGAGGUGACCUUAACCAUCUUCGCUUGUAAGCACAUUAAAGGGAAGCAUAAAACAGGGUUAAGAUGCGAACUGUGCCAGCAAGAUUUCAAGGCGAAUGCCGCCUUGAUCCAACAUCUUGCAUCCAAGAAGCACCAUAAAUGCAAAGCGCCGAAAUGUUCGCUGACAUUUAUGACGCCCACUGAACUCAGCAAGCACACUAAGCUGCAUCACAACGUAGAUCCCCCCGCCAGUACGUCCACCAGUAAAGGAAAAACUCCAAUCACAGUAUUCCCCUGCACUUCCUGUGGCAAGGCCUUCGGUGGUCCCACAGCACUCCAGAACCACGUGAGCGUAGACCAUGCGCCUAAACUUCAAUAUCCAUGUCAAUGUUGUUAUCAAAGCUUCUCCUCAUCUGGCGCCCUUGGCGCGCACCGGUCGGUCAGCCAUCCUCUAGCUGUACAGGCUGUGCCCAAAGUACAAGCUAGCGCUUGUUUCAAAUGUUCCAUGUGCCAAAAAACAUGUCCCUCCGUAGACGAACUGUCUUGUCAUAUACGCGACAUCCAUCCACUCGACGGGCCGGCCAAGAAAGUGUAUCCUUGCGCUUCAUGCGACCGCACGUUCUCAAAGAUGUCCAAGCUUACUGCCCAUAGUGAUACUGCUCACCCCCCCGGGCCCGUUUGUGCCAUUUGUUGGCACAAAUGCCUGUCUCAACAUGAUCUUGAUGAUCACGUCGCCGCGGUGCACACACGUGCAGUCUGCAACUGCAAGGGGUGCGAUAUGGUGUUUGCCUCCGAAGAAGGGCUACGUCACCAUUACUUGCAGUCUUCAACAGACGCGCACCCAAAAUGUGUCGAGUGUGGUCUCGGGUUUGAAAACGAUGCAGCUUAUGCAACGCAUCGCCAAACGUCCCACCCAGAGCCGCCCCGUCCUGUUACUCCAUCACCUUCUUAUCCGUGCUCUAUGUGUGACAAAGUCUUCAAGCUUCCAUUAGCACUCGAUGAUCACAUGACUGCGACACACGUUUUCACCUGCGGAAUAUGUGAAUUCGCGUGUCCGGAGGAGGAACUCCUCCAGGAGCAUAUCGCCUCGGCACACUCGUGCCCUGUUUGUCAUGAGGGCGUCUUCGCAAACCCAGACCUUUUAAACGAGCACCUCGCGGACCACGCCACUCCCUAUCGUUGUGAAGUCUGCCAAACGAGGUAUGCCGAGGAAGAAGGCCUACGUCAACACUACAGAGACUCCCCAAAUGACAUCCAUCCGUCUUGUACGAGGUGUGACCUGGAUUUCCAAGAUGCAGACGAUUAUCAUAAUCACACAGAAACGGUUCACCCCCAGGUAUCCUGCCAACUGUGUGACGGAGCCUUAUUUGAUCCUGAGGAGCUUCCUAUUCACUACUCGACAUCGCGCAACCAUCCCGUGUGCGACAAAUGUCAAGUCGGAUUCAGUGAUCGAGGGGAAUUUGCUAUGCAUGGCGCAACAGAACACCCAGAGUCAUACUGCCACCUAUGCCAGUGGCAGUUUCAGUGCCCCGAGUCGUUGCAGAAUCAUAUCCGACACUUCGUAGCACACCCCAAGUGCAUGGACUGCGAGCUGAGAUUCGCAGAUGCGGACGCCUAUCAACAUCAUCUGUUUGUCGUGCAUAGGCCACACUGCAGCGAACCUGAGACACGGCGAGAUUUCGAUCCCGAUCCUUUGGACAAUGGUGACGGAGUAGUUCAUUCCGAACAGCGCUUUUCUAAUUCCUUUUCUCCCGAUCGAGUCGACUCGACAUGGGGUUUUUCUGUUAAUUAUGACUUUCCCUAUGCCCCGUCCAUCCCCUUGCCUCCAAGUACCAGUGGAUACUCCAGCCCUCUGUCUCAGAGGGUUUUGACACGAUCGAGCGUAGGGUCGCGGUCGUCGUCCAGGACGCUUUCGCCGCCCCCGAUCUGCGGCAUCAAAGUCGCACAUCUGGAGAAUGGGCAUACCGUGGAUCAAUCUGGGUCGCCAGAAUUUGAGCACUCGCCGCUUUCCAAUAUACCCACAGUUGGUACACCGUUGAUAUCAAGCACAGACUUCCGGAGCCCGUUCAGCCCGCGCCCGGACACUCCGGCACUUUUUGCUCCUCAGGAGCUGAAUGGUGCCAGUCACAGCGAUCAAGAAUCUAUUGCCUCUGCGACGUCGUCUGAAACAAGAUCUCCCGUGAGAUCACCUGAGACAAGCUCUCCUGUGAUAAAGCUUCCCGAGAACGAUGUAUCCCCAGUGUCGAGCUCUGGCUGGUCCACAUUAAGUGGUGAGAAUGUGUCGAGGAUGUCAACCAAAUCGGAGGAUUCACUAAGUCAACGGCCGGCGGGCCUUGCUGUGCCGAUGCUUCGUUUGCAGGUACCUGUACCUAAUGGCACUUCUCAGACGGUCAGUAUUUCGGGGACACCAAGUUCCAUUUCACCCGAGUCUGCCGACAUUGAUAUUUCUGCGAAUGUGACCCCCGACUACUUGCGGGAAGCUCGUGCAUAUCUGGCCGUCACUCAUCCAGAACAGGCACCUUCGGCUGUGAAUAACGUUCACAGCCCGGCUCUGGUGUCCCCUACUUUGACCUCAAUCGGCCUCACUGCAUCCUCUCGCGAGCGACGCCGUGAAGUACGAUUCGAGGAUAGUAUCAUGUCGGAGCCGCUGUGGGAAAAUCAAUCAUCUGACUCGACGGAUUCCUCCUUCGAUCCUCCUGUGCUUCAAAGCAGGCGAAAAUAUGGCGUCCAGAAAAAAUCAGGGGCCAGCAAACUUCCUCGUUUCGCACCGCUCAGGCCGGGGCGCGUCACAGGAAGAAAUGGGAUUAUCCACCCAGCGAAUGGUACAAGUUCUCUCUCUCCCUAUCAUUGCAGGAUUUGUCGACGGGAGACAUGCGAGGAUCUGACGACGACGACGUGUGGGCACUUGUUCUGCAACGCGUGCAUCACAGAUGCGGUGAUACGAGACUCGCGAUGUCCCGUGUGUAGGAAUGCGGUUUUGCUUUACUGCUUGUUCCGCAUCGACACCACCUGCCAUGACUGAAAGUGACUAACGAUGAGCAGUCAAUCUAUCUAUGUAGAAUUCGAGUAUUGCUUGUCUGUCGUGUACGGUCGUGAAGUUCGACGAUGGUCGUCCUAUAAAACUAAAGUUUCAACUU